GUUUCAGGAGAACGAAGUAUAGAAGAAAUUGAGGGAGUCAUGGCGGCUGCAUCUCCCUAUCACAUGGUCAACGCAUGCAGGAUGACGAAGCUGAGAGAAUACGAGUCCUUAUGGAAAAAUGUUACGAUGACGGUAUCUUUCCAGAGAACAUAGGACGGGAGAUCGGAAAGGCGGAGUUGCAUGAUGACUACGGUCUCUUCAUCCUUGAUGAUGACAUUGAUGAUUUGAUCAUAACUUGGCUUAAGGAGAGAACUGUUAUCGUCAUUUUCCAAGUCAAGGACCAGACUCUUACGUUAUCCCACAGAGAACAGUUACUUCACAUUUAUGAAGAUGGCUGGUACCGAGACGUGGUUAUGAAUCCGUCUGGGAAACGGGGGAGGACCCACAGCGAGGGACCAAACGUUAUGUCCUAUGUGGCAAGAUCAACAAAAAUUGCCCAGUGGAUGACGUCUCUUGGAACAGCGGAGAUCCUGUGCAGAGGAGGCAGUUUUAAGGUACUCUUCAAACCUUGGAUGACACAAGCGGAGCUGGAUCGGAUGCGAAAUCAGGAGCAAGCCUCGCGCUUCGGGCUGAUAGCUCUCCGGGUGCCUCUAGUGGCAAUGUUUUCGUUGCAGAAGGCGGUGGAGCAGAACUUCAGUCCGGUGGUGAAAAUGCAGCCCCCGGAUAAGAAGGAUGGAGAACCCUCCUUAGGCAAUGUGAAGAUUGAUUGUGAUCCAAGUGUCCGGAACUCCUACAGGGACUGGUUGUACGUACGAAGCAAAGAUGGGGAAGACCUGGAAAUCAGAAUUGCCACACAGGACUCUCCUUUUUGCAACAAAUGUCUUUGGUGGUUUCAUACCGUCGAUGACCCGGAGUGCCCGCGGUAUAACAAAGAAAUGCCGGCGGAUAGGAGAAGGGGGCAAGGGAGAGGAGGGAGGGGCGGACGGGGUGGUCGGGGCAGAGGGAACAAUGGAAGCAGAAGGGCCAUCCACAACCAGGAGGAGGACGAAAUCAUGGAGGAGUACAACAUCAAGGGGGAGGUCAACACCAAGGUUCCUUUCAAGGAGGAGGACAAAACCAAGGGGGAGGACAACGCCAAGGGGGAAAUCAACAACAAGGAGGUCAACAACGCUCAAGCGAAGGCCAACAACAAGAAAGAGUACUACAUCCGGAAGAGGAACAGUGGCCAGAAGCCACAGUCGCAGUUAGCAGGAUCGUCAGGGGGAAUUCCUCUAGGAAGCCUGUUCCCUCAUGGAUUGGGCACGAUGGAUUUUGCUUCAGCAGUGACAGGUAAUUACCAGACCUCCGUGUCGCUCCCGUCCAUAGGAGUCAACCUUCCUUAUGGGUUAGCCGAUUACGGAAACACAACGUCUCUUCAGUUUCUUGGGCGGUACAAGCCAGAUGUAGGGUACGGUGUUGCAUCUCUGGUAGGUCAUGCUAAUUAUGUCACCUCGCACCUGAAUCCAGGUUUUGAUUAUCGUUCAUAUUCCGAUUGUAGCUCUACAACAACACCGAUCUCAAGCAGUUUUUUUCAAUCGACCACCUCUGACUGGGAUGUUCACAACUCCUCGCUGUCAAGAACGCCUUCUUCUUCGAAUGGGGGCUUAGGUUUAGCUUCCACUCUCCAGGUGAACAAGGAAAGUUCUAGUGGAAUAUUAAUUGAUGCCAAGAGAGGAAUGGGAAUGGGGAACAACCAAAGGGGCUCUCAGGGUCAGGUGUCAGAACAAGGCACAAAACAGGAAUUAAACUCCACCAAUGUUUCGAGACUGGGUAGGGCAACAAAUGCUGCUCCUUGCAAAUCUAGGAGGCUAGGAACAGAAGGAGAGGGGGAAAUUACGAGGGAGGAGGAAGAGGAUGAUAUCAAAAUAAGGAGUAUGGCAUCGUCACUAUCCCUAGGAAAAGAACCAGGACAAGUAGGGAGGGUAGGUGCUCUGACGAAGGAAGUGGGCCCCCAGGGCAGGUCGAAACCUAACCAAGCGGUUACCACCACCAGUUAUCUGGUGAUAUUGGGGAUCAUGACAUCUCCUCAGGGCUUGAAGCUUAUGGCCCUACUUUCGCAGGACGACACUCUUACUCUACCAAUGAUAUCUGUGUCUGUGGCUCCCACCACUCGUUCAAUCUUGCUCCCUUUGCUUGAGUCUUUUUUUGGAACAACAAUGCGCUACCGCUUGAUUCCCGGGAUCCGGUUGGGGAGGAAAUAUCGAAAAAUAUCGGAUACCCAAUCAACGGUCUUGUUUAUUGCGAUCGUGGAUUUAAAGCAAUCAGGGGAGGCAGAGGGGGACUGGGAAAAAGCAGGCGGGAAAUGGAUUCUGGCUGAUUGGUUCGCCUCCACAGAGACCCCAAAACUGACAAGAGUGAUUCUCCAGCCAGGAAUCGAUGGCCGGUUGAUAGCAGAAUUUUGUGCCUCCCUGCCAAGUGACAGACAAUUGAUGUCGCCAGGGCUAAAAAAUGUGUUGAAAACCGCAUGGCUGGAACCCCACACCGGGAUUGUGAGCACUACACCGAGAAGAAGAAAGAACGAUAAAACGGAAAAGCGGACCACAUCCAAUCAAUCACCUGGUCGCAGGGAUAUUUCACAUGAGCAAACUUAAAGUAGCUACGUGGAACGUUCGUGGUUUAGGAGACUCUAAUGGUCGACAUAAGAAGUUGAGAUUUAUAACAUGGGUACACGAAGAUGGGAUAAAUAUCGCACUCCUCC